GGCGCGCCCCCCGGGCAGCCGCGGGCGAAGCCGAGGGCGCCGAGCGCGCGGAAGGCGGGCGGCUGGCCGGGCUCGAGCGCCUCGAGGCGGAGGAGGAGGACAGCGACGCGGCCGCCAUCGCCACGGGCGAAGAGGUGGCCGAGCGGAUCGCCAUGGACGCGGUGGGCGGCGAGUCGGAGGAGCUGGAGCGGAGGCUGCGGCAGGAGGCCAGGGAGAAGGAGCUGCGGGCGGAGAGCGGGAAAGUGGUGGCCUCGGGCAGCGUGUACGACCUCACGUCGCUGGUCGAGAAGUACGGAGGAGCGUCGAGCAGGUGA